UGACUUUUCCUGAUGGUGCGGCUGGACCGAGUCCUCCGAGUUUCAAUCAUAUUUCUUUUCUGAUAAGUUGGCGUGCAUCCCGCAAAGUAGCCCAGUCGGUAUCUUCCGUCUUUGAUCUGCUGGCCAAGGAUGGCACUGGACCAUAGGAGCGCAUUUCGCGCCUCCGUUUUACUGGCGUGUGUGAUAAUCUGCAGCAACGUGCUAUGUCCCGUCGGUGCCUAUCUGUACAACAACCGCUACGCAGGUGAUCAAGUCUUCAGGAUAACCCCAAGUAAUGAUGAGGAGGUCCAAGUGCUCAAGACAAUUCUGGGACAUGUAAAGGUGGACUUCUGGCAGCCCAACAGUGCUUCUCUAAUCUGUCAAAAUGCCACUGUGGAUGUCCAUGUGAAACGCAAUGACACACGAGGCUUACGCGUACGCUUGAAGCAGGAACAUAUUGAUUAUCGGGUGUUUAUCUCCAAUCUGCAGAAGGAAAUUGAAAAGCAGACUGGAUAUCGCUCCUCUCGCAAGCGGAGGUCAGAGUCUCAGUAUGACUACGAGGUUUACCACUCUUUGGAAGAGAUCCAGAGCUGGAUGUUUGAGAUGAACAAAACCCAUUCUGACUUGGUUGAUAUGUUCUCCAUUGGGAAGUCAUACGAGGGAAGACUGCUUUAUGUGCUCCAGAUAGGAAAGAGAAGUCGUCAUCAGAAGAAAGCUGUUUGGAUCGACUGUGGCGUCCAUGCCAGAGAGUGGAUAGGACCUGCUUUCUGCCAGUGGUUUGUCAAAGAGGCCAUCAACUCAUACCAGUAUGACUCUGUGAUGAGACGACUGCUGAACCAGCUCAACUUCUACAUCAUGCCAGUCUUCAAUGUAGAUGGAUAUCAUUUCAGCUGGACCACGGAUCGGUUCUGGAGGAAAACACGAUCUAAAAAUCACAAGUUCCACUGCAGAGGAGUGGAUGCUAACAGAAACUGGAAGGUGAAAUGGUGUGAGGAGGGUGCUUCAUCUCAUCCCUGUGAUGACACGUACUGUGGUCCCUUCCCAGAAUCUGAGCCUGAAGUCAAGGCCGUUGCCAAGUUUUUGCGCAAACACAAGAAACGCAUCAAGGCUUAUAUAUCCAUCCAUGCCUAUGCCCAAAUGCUGCUUUACCCCUAUUCCUAUAAGUAUGCCACUAUCCCCAACUUCAACUGUGUGGAGUCAGCAGCUCAUAAUGCAGUUACAGCCCUGUACUCUGCCUAUGGAGUGAGAUACAGAUACGGACCUGCCUCCACAACCCUGUAUGUUAGUUCAGGCAGCUCUAUAGACUGGGCCUACAGAAACGGUAUCCCAUAUGCGUUCGCCUUUGAGUUGCGGGAUACAGGAUACUUUGGCUUCCUCCUGCCAGAGUCCCUGAUCAACCCGACCUGCACUGAGACUAUGAGGGCGGUGAAGGCCAUUGCAUCAGGUCUGCUUAAGAAGUGUGAAACAGACAGGGACCGAUUUCCAUAUAUAUGAGCGCACUAUAGGUCCCCGGAGCUCCAGUUACUCAUCUCAACACCUCAUAUUCCUCUGCGAUUUCAUAUUCCUCCCAGAUAUUAUCAGGUGAAGAACUGAGAAGGACCAGCAAAGGAUGAAUUUAAUCUGCCUUGUAUUUAGGGUUGUUCACCUUAUUUAUCUUUUCUGAAUUGAUGGUGUGCCAAUAACCAUGUGUCCUAUGAGUGACCUGCCUGUUUACACACAAUAAGAUCCCACAUACGGCGUAAGAGGGCAUCAUUGUGUGCCCCAUGCAAAAAAACAAUGUCCCAAGCUUGAAUCCUUUAUUGCUCUUAACUUAAAAAAUGAUCAAACUUCUCCAUGAUAUAAUCUGAAUGGUGGUCACAUGAGCACUUAUUAAGAUAUAAUAGCACUUUUUUUGAAAGAAAAAGCUCAGAUUUUAACGUCUUCCAAAAAAUGUGUCUUCGUAAGAACUGUUAUU